AUGUAUUCUACACCGUUGAAAAGCAGGAUUCAUUAUGAUAAUAAUUCAACAUUUGCUGCAUCUCAUUCUUUGGGUGGCACAAACAAGAAGGAUCCUUCAAUUGCUCCUUCUUUUAAUAAUGACUAUACUACGAAAAAACCCAGUACUAAUUCAUUCCUUCCUAAUUUAAGCAUUUCUAAUGCAUUAUUAAGUAACCCAACUACAUCAAUUUUAUCAUCAAAUCUAAACAAUACAACAGCUUCUACAAGCUCAAAUAAUAAUACUCAUUUACACAUUUCAAAUAUUGCCAAUCUAAAUCCUUUAGAUCUAGCAUCCCAAUAUAUUGAUCAUUUAGAACGCCAAGAUGCUCACUGUCCAAUUUUAGACGAACGCUCUUACUACAACAAUGGUGUUAAUUAUAACUUUAGUAGAGAAGUGGGCGGCCUUGGCGCUUUUACGCCAUUCGAGAGACAAAAGGUUGUAAAUAUACCGGAUGAUAUACUACAAGAAGUUUCCAAAGCAGAAAUCAAAAGUGAUGUUGGUAUUUUUCCAGAAAUCGAUAGAUGCUGGUUCACAAUUGAUAAUAAAUUAAUUCUCUGGAAUAUCAACGAUAAUACAGAUUUCCAAUCGAUCGAUGAAAUUAAACACACUAUUUUAAAAGUAAAAUUGGUAAUUCCAAAGCCAAACACUUUUGUGGAUCAUAUAAAUUAUUUAUUAUUAAUUACUACACCUUUUGAUAUUUUUAUUUUGGCCUUGUCAUCUAAUAAAUUAACUUCUGAACUUAAAGUAUUUAACACUGGUAUGUCUGUACCGGUUCAUGGCAUAGAUGUUUCAGAAAUUAUUUGCUAUGAAAAGACAGGCCAAAUUUUUUUCAGUGGCAAAUCUAAUGGUAUGAAUGUUUGGGAAUUGCAAUAUUCUUCGACAGAUGACUGGUUUAAUACCAAAUGUACAAAAUCUUGUUUGACACAAUCAACUCUAUCUAAUCUAUUGCCAACAAACCUCUUUGCAAAGUUACCAGGUAGCGGUUUAGUUCAAUCUUUAUUCGAAGAUGAUUCUUCAUACUUGCAAGAAACUAUUAUCCAGCUAACUAUUGAUCAAUCGAGAGGUAUUAUUUAUUCCUUGUCUUCGAAAUCAACAAUUAGGGCAUAUUUGAUCAAUGGUUCACAUCUGGAAACACCUUUAUCAAUUCCAACUUCAUAUAUCAAAAGAAUUAUUGGCACUACAACUGCAAGAGGUGCUGCUAUUCUUGGCGAUAAGUAUUUAAAAUUUACCAAAAUAAUUUCAGUUUCGCAACAAGAAAAUAAUAACCUUUUUUUGGUUGCCAUCACCUUGGGAGGGGUGCGUUUAUAUUUUAAUGGUUCAGUUGGUAGACACAAUAUUGAAGCAUUGAGAUUAGAAUCGAUUAAGUUUCCUCCUAGUGCUGCAACCCAAGAAGCCAUGCAAGAGGAAUUGGAAAAACAGCAAAAUGAUAUUCAAAAGAAAAAUUUACCCUUAUACACAUCUUUAUCUUCAUCUCAAUCUGUUAUGCUGAAAUUUCAAAAGAGGUCUGCUGUGCUACUAAAUACUACGAAUGCAUGUACGGUCAUAUCACCUGGGAUUUUCUUUUCAUCAGUGGAAAAAGACCGUCACGAAGCUCACAAUAAAAAAACUAUUACAAGUAAUGCAGGGAACACAUCAUCUAACAGUGAUGGCUAUAUAGCAACAACUCAAGCUACAUCCCCUUUACAUGCUCAUAAAAAUGCGAAUACUAUACACAGACUAUUUGUCAGUGUUCCAGAUUAUGGUGUUCUUAAGAAUCAUGGUAAGUAUGUCGAGAAUGCCACAUUUUUGGAUACUAAUAGCCCUAUUAAAGAAAUUACUGCAUUAAAUAAAUAUUCCCCAGCUUCAUUAAAACCUGAAGGCUAUUCAAAUGCUUUCGCCACCCAAUACAGCUCCGAACAAUUAAAAAUAGCAGUUUUAACUACGACAUCAAUUGAAAUAUAUCGUUAUAGAACUCCAGACGAAGUUUUUGAAUCUUUAAUUGGUAACCCGUUACCAUUUUUACUUAAUUAUGGUCUUGCUGAGGCUUGUUCAACAGCUUUAUUUGUUGCAUGCAAGUCCAAUAAAUCCGAUGCAUUAAGAUCUUCCGCUUUGACAUUUUUCACUGUAGGUAUCCCAGGCAUCAUUGAAAUCAAACCAAGAUAUAAUAGAUAUACAUUAUCUAAUGUUUCAUCCCUCUUGAGUAAAGCAUCAUGCGAUACUGCCACACCUCAGAAAUCUUUUCUAGGAUCGUCUUCAAAUAAGUUUGAUUCUGAAUCAAAUCUCAACUUGGAUGAUGUUUUCUUAUCUCCCAGAUUUUAUGGUAUCGCGCUAUUGAUCACUAGACUAUUUAGAGAUAUCUGGGAUAAGGAAAUAUUUUCUCAAUAUAUUAAACCAACCAAUAGUCAAUUUUUAUCAACUAGCAGUAUAAUAAAAAGGGAUGAUAAUAAUUUAAUAUCUAAAAUUUCUAUUAGCAAAAGUUUUGUGGAAUAUUAUCUUUCAUCUGUUGCUAUAUUAAAUGAAUUUUUCGAUGUUUAUGGCACCUCAUUAACUACCAUGUAUUCACCAUCUUUAGCAUCUACCAAGUUCUCUGAUAAAUCAGAAGAUGUUGCUAAUCAGGCUGAAAAUAUUGCACUUAAUUCAUUAAUUAAAUUAAUUCAAUCCAUCAAGGAAGCGUUGUCAUUUUUAAAUGUUUUAUACGAGGAGAGUGAAGUAGAAGGGUUAGAAAAUCAAUCUGUAACCUUUAAAGAUAUUAUUAAGUUUAUUAAUCCAGAAAUUCAAAGAGAAUUAUUAAAGUUAAAAUUUAAGGAUAUAUUUGCUUUAAAAGAAGGAAGUAAGUUGUUAAUCAGAGAAAUUUUAGCAUCUAUUAUCAAUAGAAAUAUCAAUAGAGGCGUUUCAAUUGAAUAUACUGCCACUGCUUUACAAGAAAGGUGCGGUUCAUUUUGCUCAAGUGUUGAUAUCUUAGGAUUUAGAGCAUCUGAACAUCUAAGGAAAGCUAAAGAAAUUGGCUUAAGAGAUAUUGAGACAUUAAGCUAUCAUUUGAAUAAUGCAAUCAAACUAUAUGAAAAAAUUGUUGAUGAUUUAUCCAUUGAAAAAUUAAAAGAUGCAGUAAAUACUAUGCUAGAGUUAAAUUAUUUUCCUAAGACGAUACAAUUUUUAUUAAACAUUGCUAACGCUAUUGACAAAGGGAAAUUAGCCUAUCAAUACGUUUCUGAUGGUUAUUUGAAAGAUGAUGAAAGGAAAAUAUACUAUGAUAAGAGAUUGAUGAUAUAUGAUUUGGUAUUUGAUGCGUUGGUAAAAGUGGACGCAUCUUCCUUAAGUUAUAAAACCAAUACCAAUUCUAAUAUCAACCCAGCUACUAACUCAACUAUAAAUGCAAAAACUAAUACCAAUAAGGCGUUCUCAUUUGCCAAUGAAAUGGAGCUGUUAAGACAAGAAAGUUAUGAAUACGCAUUGACAUAUAAUGAUCAAUUAUUUCAUUAUAAAUUAUAUGACUGGCUAGUAUCACAAAAGCAACAAGAUAAAUUAUUACAGUUAAAGACAGAUUAUAUUUUACCAUAUUUGGAGGAAAAAUCUAAAGAUUCAUUAGAAGUGUCUAAAGUAUUGUGGGUUUAUUUAUCAAGAAUGUCUAAAUUUUUCGAGGCUGCUGAGGUUUUGUAUUUAUUAUCACUAUCUGAUUUUGAAAUUAAAUUAAAUGAAAGAAUAGAAUUCUUAUCUAGAGCCAAUGGGUUUUGCAAUAGUUUAUCGCUUUCUAAUCAAAAGAGCAAAAUGAUACAAUUAGGAAAUCAAAUCCAAGAAAUUUUUGAAGUUGCGUCAAUACAAGAUGAUAUAUUAUCAUUAAUAAUUACAGACAAUAGAAUUGAAACAGAUAUUAAAGAUAAAUUGAUUAAGGAACUUGAUAAUAAAAUAUUAACGGUUAGUAAAUUAUUUAAUGAAUAUGCCAUACCAUUAGGAUAUCAUGAAAUAUGUUUAUUGAUUUUCCAAGUUUCUAAUUUUAAUAACCAAGAAGAAAUUUUAAAUGAAUGGGAUGAAUUAUUUAAUUCGUUGAAAAAAGAGAUUAAUAUUGACGAAGAUGCUAAUAGUACAAAAGAAUUAGAGAAUUCUAAAAACUUCAUUAAUUUAUUAUCUAAUGUAAUUAUUAAAAUUGGUAGACAGGUAAAUAAAUCUGAAGUUGUUUUUCCAAUAAAAGAAUUAAUUCCUAAGAUCGUUCAGAUAUUUCAAAGUAUUUCAUCACAUUCUAAUUACUCCAAAUCAACUUCUAAUUUAAUUAAGAAUGGUUCCAUUAUAUCAAUCUUUUUAUCAUCUGGAAUUAGUUUUGAUAAAUUAUAUUACAUCUUGAGGGAAUUGAUUGAAAAUAAUGAAAAUGAAACAAGUACUGCUAAUAGUAAUAGUUCUUCUAUUACUAAUAAUAGUAAUACUGCUAUUUAUAAGAAUGAGAUGGUUUGGCUAAUUAAAGAAUGGUAUCAAUACGAUAGAAAACUAAGGGAUAUCAUAACAUUUGAUGAAAUCAACAAAUUAAUUGAAUAUAAUUUAGAUAAUGAUCCAAUUGAGAAAUAUAUGAAAAGUACUGGUAAUAGCAUUUAA